AGGAAGCUGGUGGAGGUUGGUGCAAAUUGUCUUUGUUCGGAGGUGUAGCUGGUAACUCUUGAAGGGAAAGGAGGCCUUGGCUGUUUUGGGGAUUAGAGAGUAGGAAACUUUUAGAACCAGCCAUGCACAGGUGCUUUGAAUCGAGGGGAAGACCGAGUGUCUGGGAGAGCCGCCCUGUAGGCGAGGAAAAAACGACGGCAAUCUAGGCCUUCUCUGAGCCGAAAGCUGCAGUGCUAUGUGUGCUUAGUGGUUGGUGGGCAAGCCCUGUUGAGCUCAGUGGGGCUUACUUCCCUGUAAAAAUGCGUCGUGUCUGUUGCACGCGUCACCAGCAGAGUCCGGAAAAGAAAGACGGAGUAAUUUGAGAUAGUGCGGAUUUGGGGUCGUAAAGCCCCAUGUUCAAAAGGCCCGUAUGCUUGCGUUCUAUGUGAUCCGAAAUAACGGUUAACAUAGAUUUUAUGUUUGCACUUACCAGUGAAUUUUAGAGCUUUGAUAUAAAACACGUGUAACCAUGAAGUGAAAUGCGUUAAAGCUUUAAGUAACCGUGCUUUGAGCAUGACCUGUUGGUGAUGAGAUUGGAUGGCCUCAAAUGUGCAUGCACCGUAAGGAUAUUUAAUAUUAACAAUUACACAGUUGCACACCCUCUUCAGUUUGUGCACAGACCACAUGGUCAAAGAUUUGGUAAGAUUCUUUUUUUUCCUUGUGGAAAGAAAACCACUGGAAGAAACCGAUGUUCUUUGACUAAAGCCAUGCCGAGAGAGCUGCUGUGGGGAUGCACUGUAUAUAAAUAAAACUAAAUUAAAAACCACUGUGUGGAUCUUUUUUCAGUUGACUUUGAUGCACUGCCUUUGAACUGGUGCAUGGCCUGUUCAUGGCCUCACUGGCUACGCUACAGUGCAAAAACAAAGGACUUGCUUAUAACUGGUGUUGCUCAGCUGAAACCUGAGUAAUUCUUUUAAGGGCAAGUUACAUUUCAUCCUAUGAUUAAAUGCAUCAGCUUUACUUGAACUGAAGAUACUAGACCCCAGGAGUCUACUGCUACCUCCUCUUUGCCUAGGUUGGACGUUACUUGGGGGCGGGAACAAGGGGAAGUCAGCUCCUGGCUGUGAUUGGUUAACACAAGACAUGUGCCUCACACUGAUUGGACCUCUGCGCAGACUCUCUCUUCCCUCGUGAUCUGUGUUAGGAGGCACGAGGGAAGAGGUGAAUAGGCAGGGCCUGCUACCGUCUGACUCUGAGAGGAAAAAAUGGACGCCAGAGGAAAAAGCCAGGGCAAGGAAGGCAGCAGCAGAAUGGCGAAGAGCUGUGGAGAGACGCCUGUUGCAGGAUUUGCUGCUGAGAGCAGCAGUCAGUUAGUGCGGCCACUUGAGUCACAGCUUGUUGAUCCUGAGGAGGCAAAACUAGAAAGUGAGGUUCAGAAAGGAGGCCCUGUGCAUGAGGAGGAGGAGGGCAUGAAGCAGUGCCAGUUGCCCACAGCCACAUCUGCAGAACAGCAAGUACCAUGGUUUGGCUUUGAGAAAGCUUGUACAUUUGUGAGCCAGAGUGGGAAAAAUGUUGUCGUACGAUGCAAUUACUGCCUUCCAAGGAUCAAAAAUCUGAGAUCAGCUGUUUCCUCCUCAUCCAAUGUGAAGAAACAUUUUGAGAGGGCACACCCUGAGAAGCUGAGAGCAAUUGAAGAAGCAAUAAAGGCAAGGAGACGUGGCCUUCCUGAACCAAUGCAUGACACCCCUCCUCCCAAAAUGCUGAAGCAGCAGCAGACAACCCUUGAGAGGUGGGGAUCUGGCAGGGAGCCUGUCACCCAGAGCAAUCUCGACAGGAGAAUCAUUGAUUUCAUUGUAGAGGAGACAUUACCACUUCAGACUGUGGACAAACCAUCAUUCAUUAAUCUGGUUCGCAUUGGACUCCCCAAAGAUCUCACCAUCAUAUGUGCCAAGACUCUGAGAGACAGAAUUGAGAAGAGAGCAUGCCACAUGAGAGAAACUCUUGCAAACCGAACGGGUGCUGUGGCAUAUAUAGCAACCACUGCAGAUUGUUGGACCAAUGGCAAGAAGAGUUACUUUGGGGUAACAGCCCACUGGAUCAACCCAACUACCCUGAAACGUGAGGUCGGGGCCUUGGCUGGUAAGCGUCUGAAGGGGCGCCAUACAUACGAUGUCCUUUCAAAAGCACUGCAUGAUGUACAUGUGCAGUACAGGAUCCACAACAAAAUUAUGUGCACUACUACAGACAAUGGCUCCAACUUUGUGAAAGUGUUCAGAGUUUUCAUGGCCAAAGAACCAGUGGAAGCUGCAGGCACCAGUGACGAUGAUGGUGAUAACCAGGAGGAGGAGGAGGCUGAGGUGGAGUUUGUGCCUAUCUGUGAGAUCCUGGACACAGGACCUGAGGCAGAGGAAGAAGCUGCAGACUCAGGAGAGGAUUUUGUUUUACCACCACACCAGAGAUGUGCUAGCCACACUCUCAACCUUGUGGCAACACAAGACAUAGAGGCCAUGCUUUCUGACUCCUCCAAAAGUAGUCUUCUUGGUCCUUUCAAGAAACAGUUUCGUUCCUUGAUGGGAAAGUGCAGCAAGUUGUGGUCCAAGCAGAACCAGUCAGCCCAGAUUGCUGAGUAUAUCCGUGCGCAAUGUGGUGUGUAUCUGAAGGUACUGAAUAAGACCAGGUGGAAUUCCACCUUUGAUGCGUUGAAGCAACUACAUGAGCUCCUGUCAACUGUGCCACUAAAAAUGCAUGCCAUAAUGGACCGCUGCUCCUUGUCCAGGAUCACAGCUGCUGAGAUUGAAGUGGUACAGGAAUACACAGAGAUUAUGGAGCCACUAGCCCAGUCCCUAGAUAUCCUGCAACGGGAGAACGGCAUGUUCAUGGGGUAUUUGCUACCAACGCUCUGCAAUCUGGACCGCAAGUUAGAAGGACUGGAAAACAAACCUGAGAGUUACACAUACUGUUUUCAGCUGCUGAGAGGUGUGCGCGAAGCCCUAAGAAAGCGGUUUGCAGCUAUCUGGGAGGACAAGAGGCUUCUUCUGGCAGCCUGCCUACACCCUCGCUUCAAACUAGAUUGGCUGGAAUCGUGUCAGGCCACCACCCAUACCAACAAAUACACAAUGGAAGCCUUGCUGAAAGCUGAAAUAAAGAUGGGUGUACUUAAUGAGGACAGUGAUCAGUCUUCAGAUAAAGACCAGGAAGGAGAUGACUUAGAAGAUGACUUCUUUAACUUUCUGCCCCAGGGCAAGAAGUCAGCAGUGGACACUGCUGAGGAGGAACUGGUGAGGUACCUGAGGUCUCCCAGCAGGAAAGUGUCAUCACUCCAUGGCUUUCCACGUGUGCUGCGGUGUUUUUUGCAGCACAACACAGGCAUGCCUUCAAGCGCCGCAGUAGAACGCCUGUUCAGUACUGGUGGCAACGUAAUGACUGUAAAAAGACAUUCCUUGUCUGACAUGCUCUUUGAGCAUCUUGUUCUUUUGAGACGUAACAGAAACAUAUUAUAAAAGCAUUUCAAGUGUAAAAUUUGAUUUCAAGAGUUGGGGUAUCUUCAUUGCUUGGGGGGAUGUGAGAUUCUGUUA